AUGGAGGAGCCACAAUCCACAGGUCCUGAAGUGACUUCGCCGACAGUUCGGUCCUCAUCACCUUCACCCUCGAUUCCUGCCACCCCGGCCAUCUCUUCAUACUCCUCGCCUGACCGCACUUUCUCCUCCGGCUCCUCCCACUCUGUCUCUUCCGCGACCUCUGCCGAUGCCAGGUCGACCGUCUCAACUUCUUCCCGUCGCCAUGGAUACACUCGUGCGCUCGGUGCUGAGUUCGCCGAGUCAGCUCGGCACCGAGACAGCGUUAUGAGUCUGGGCAGCAUCGCCCAUUUACAAUACUAUUUUGCUCGCACGGGACUGCUGGACGGGAAGACGGGCCGAGGCAAGGAGGCUAAGAAAAAGAAUGGCGAGAAUGUGCCCCGAUUGUUGAUCACCCCAAAUGAGGGUCAUAUCGAUGAUUUCGUCGCCAGUCCGUCUGAUAUGAACGAGUCGCCAGAAUUCGAUCCCAAUGAUGAUGAGGAGGUCAUGUUGCCUCCUACGGUCAGUACCUACAGUAUUAAAACACAUCAUAUCCCACCCCCGCCAAGCCUGAUCACACUACGUCGGGAUCUACAAGUCGCGCUAGAAAAAGCAGACAGCAAUAUCCAGGCCAUUGAGGAGGGGGCCGAGCCUCGAACUCGCGAAUCAUUUCGAGCCAGUCUUUCUCCCGGAGAUGUCCCUGACACAGAGGAUGACCCGGCGCGACAAAUCCCAACACCACAGACAAAAGAAGAAGCCCAGGGCAUGUGCAUCUUGGAUGAUGUGACGAUGGCAAUUCGCGCCGCCAAAAUCUACUAUACUACCCAUCCGUAUCCAGACCGCCUGGCAUCUCUGAAAAGUGAGCGCGAGAUCCGAAAGGACCUCUUCCACGUCUUGGACGUCCUGAAACGGUGGGCGGCCCGUCACUUUGCCUGUGGGUUGCGGCCUGAGGAACGCGAUGUAAUUCAAGGAUGGAUUUCUGGGGUCCGAACCAUGCUAGUCCGGGAGAAGGCUCUGGAAGACUUAGAGGCCCAAGAACGAGAAAACUGGGACUGGGCCCAAGGCGACUGGACUGGACGAGAGCGGUCCCGUGAGGAAUCUUUCCUCCGCAGCUUGAUGCCAGAGGGUCAUACGUUGCCGGAGUGGACUCCGAUCGAGGAUGAUGCCACUAUCGAGAGCCUCCCUACUCCGUUUCUUGAGCACUUCAGGGACGGUCGCAUCCUGGUUCAGUUACACAACAUCGCUGUUAAAAAGUCUAACCGCCAAUUUGGUGAAAUCAAAACAUACCAUGAGGACAUUGCGAAGCCGUAUCGACAGGCCGACAACCUGCGAUUUUGGAUCAAGGCUGCAGAGUUGCGGUGGGAGCUGCGGUUCCAAGUGGAUGUGAUGGGUGUGGUGCAAGCCACUAGUGAUGCAGCCUGGAGGCAGUUCGACAACGCAUUGUUGGCCUGGUGCAGGACGGUCCGUGAGGAGCUGAUCCGAGAUUGGCAAGCAGCCAAUCCUGGACGGCCUCCAAGUGCUGGUCUGAUCUAG